AUGAAGAAGACGGUACUGAUAAUGUUGCUUCUGCUUGUACUGCUGAGUCAUACCGUCUGCAAGAGACAUUCUACUGUCUGUUCCAUAAAUGAUGAUGACCUCCUUCCUAUUUCUCAUGAAUUUUAUCAGCCGGGUGACCUUCUCAUUGGUUAUAUCGUCUCUCACAUCUUCUUGGUUUAUGACUCUCCCUCUUUCUUAUACCAACCUAAAGGGAUGUUGAGUAAAGAGCCUAUGUCUGUGACGAAGAACUACCAACUUCCCCUAGCCUUGGUGUUUGCUGUAAAAGAGAUCAAUGAGAAUCCCAACAUCUUACCAAACAUCAGUUUGGGGUUUCACAUCCUCAACUGCAACUCCCUUGCACAAAUCACCUAUAAGGCCACUCUGAGCCUCCUUUCCACACAUGAGCGAUUUGUUCCCAACUUUCAGUGUGAUAUUCAAAGAAAUGUGAUGGCUGUCAUUGGAGGAUAUCUCCCGGAAACCACGGUCCAUAUGGCUGACUUUUUAUCCAUCUACAACAUUCCACAGCUCACAUAUGAAUCAUUUUUCCCAAGACAAGCUGGCAAAAUACGCUUUUUUUCCUUGUACCAAAUGGUCCCAGAUGAAACCUUUCAGUACAUGGGAAUUGUACAUUUACUUCACCGUUUCAGAUGGACAUGGAUUGGUCUCAUUGCUGUGGAUGAUGACAACGGGGACAGAUUUCUACAGACAAUGGUGCCUUUGCUGUCACAGAAUAAUAUCUGUUAUUCCUUUAUACUAAGAACACCAAAAAGGACAUAUAAGGAUGAAUUUAUAAUACUGCUUUACAGGUUGCAGGAACAAUACCCUGUUCUUCUAGAGAGUAAAGCCACUGUCUAUGUCGUAUAUGGAGAACCUCCAACAAUGCACAUUCUAAGAAUGUUUCUCUAUGCAUCAGAAAACUUGCCGCUUGGAGGUAAAGUAUGGAUUGUGACAUCCCACUGGGACUUUGAAUCUUUGUCCAUACAAAGAAUUUGGGAUGUAGAAACCUUCCAUGGUGCCAUAUCCUUUGCAGUUCACUCCAAUCAGCCCCCAGGAUUCCAAAAUUUCCUUCAGCUUAUAAGACCUUUCUGGGCAAAAGGAGAUGGUUUUAUCCGGGAAUUCUGGGAGCAGGCAUUCAGCUGUUCUUUCAAAAUUUCCAGCCUACAUGAAGAGAAUGAGAGGGCCUGUACUGGGGAAGAGAAGCUUGAGAACCUUCCUGGGAUGUUGUUUGAAAUGCGCAUGACUGGCCACAGCUACAAUGUCUACAAUGCUGCCUAUGCUGUGGCACAUGCUUUGCAUGCCUUCUACAUAGCCAGAUUCCAGCAUCGAAGAUUGAUUGAUGGCAGUAGGAAGGCAUUUCAGAAUGUGCAGCCAUGGCAGCUCCAUCAUUUUCUAAGAAGCAUGUCCUUCAACAACAGCGCUGGGGAUGCUGUGCAGUUUAAUGAUAAUGGAGAAUUAGUGGAAGGUUUUGAUGUUACAAAUUGGAUCACUUUCUCAAACGGGUCUUUUAUUAGAGUAAAAGUAGGAAGACUGGCUCCUCAGACUCCUCAUGGCCAAGAAUUAACCAUUAAUGAUGAUCUAAUUAUCUGGCAUAGAAGCUUCAACAAGGUUCUGCCGCUUUCUAAGUGUAAUGACAACUGCUAUCCAGGCUACAGCAGGAAAAAGAAGGAGGGAGAGAAAUUUUGUUGCUAUGAUUGUGCCCCAUGUCCAGAAGGAAUGAUCUCUGAUCAAAUGGAUUCAAAUGCCUGUGUCAGAUGUCCAGACGACCAGCAUUCAAAUGAGGAACACAAUCAAUGCAUUCCCAAGUUUAUGACCUACCUUUCUUACAAAGAACCUCUAGGGAUCAUCUUAGCUAUAUUGGCGGUUUCUUUUUCUAUGGUCAUAGCUUUGGUGCUUGGAAUAUUUAUGAUGUUCCGGGAUACACCCAUCAUCAAAGCCAAUAACCGGAGCCUCACCUACAUUCUCCUCAUCUCUCUCUUGCUUUCCUUCCUCUGCUCUUUUCUUUUCAUCGGACAGCCUGGGAAGGUGACCUGCCUUCUCCGACAAACGUCUUUUGGCAUCAUCUUCUCUGUAGCCCUCUCCAGUGUGCUGGCCAAAACUAUCACAGUGGUUCUGGCUUUCUUGGCUACAAAACCAGGAUCCAGAGUGAGGAAAUGGGUAGGGAAAAGAAUGGCAAAUUCUAUUGUCCUUUCCUGUGCCUUGGUUCAAGCAGGACUUUGUACUCUUUGGCUAAGUACUUCCCCUCCAUUCCCAGAUAAGGACAUGUUCUCACUGAAUGAGAAAAUCAUAGUGAAAUGUAAUGAGGGAUCAGUUGCCAUGUUUUACUGUGUCCUGGGCUACCUGGGCUUGCUGGCCACCGUCAGCUUCACAGUGGCCUUCUUUGCCAGGAGAUUACCGGACAGUUUCAAUGAAGCCAAAUUUAUCACUUUCAGCAUGUUGGUCUUUUGCAGCGUUUGGCUGUCCUUUGUUCCAACUUACUUGAGCACGAAAGGGAAACACAUGGUGGCUGUGGAGAUCUUCUCCAUCUUGGCCUCCUCUGCUGGUUUACUGGUAUGCAUAUUUUUCCCUAAAUGCUACCUCAUUAUUCUGCACCCUGAGAUGAACAACAGGGAUCAAUUAAUAAGAAGGAAAAAAUGA